AACAAUGGGCUCACCCGGCGGUGACUGAUAAAUUACGUGAAAACAUUAACAAGGAAGUUUUGGUUUUGUUAUCCUAAAUAUGAAGAAACUAUAGGAAUUGGACUAUAAGAAUUUGACAGUUAGUCUACGUCUGCGGACAGGACAACAAGUGGCCAUUGUGUGUCUGUCAGUAGGAACAGCAGAGUUGUGUUCGUGUUCAGCCGUUCUCUCUGUUUGCAAUAGAGAUUAGUUGUGUUGAGGCUCGUCCAUUCUGUCUGUUUGUAAUAGAGCUGUAAUGUGUGUAGUUUGGUUUCAUUGGUUGUCGUUCAUUUAUUGUCUUGCCAAAUAGAAAUACUUCAAAAGAUUAUCCAGCCAUGUUAUAAUCACCUUAGAAACCACAACCGUUGCACAAGCUUCUAUCAUACAUCUUUAAACCUGUUUCUAGUCGUACUGGUCCAGUCUAGAUUUCAGAAUGAUAAGCUUUUGGUAUUUUUAAACAAUUGCAAUGAUUUGCUGGGCUAUGCAUAAGUUAGUCACAAGUAUUUUUGUUAUUAGUGUGGAUUCGUAUGUCCUUGAGGCUGUACAAUACAAGCCAGUUCGUAGUGCUUUGAGAAGUGUGUUACCUACUGUUCCAUAGCAUCCUCUUGGUAACCUUUCACCUACGAUGGGGAAGUGAUUCACGCCUUCCUUGCACCAACGGUUUUGUACGUGUAUGUGUAUGUAAUUGCCGCUCUAUCGUAGGCCUACAUAGCUUGAGGAUAUGUGUUGCUGCCCGGUGAUGGGCUUAGUUCAGUCGUUUUCUUUAAAGACUAAAUUUUCUUUAUUAAUCCCGAGCAGGAAGUCUGGGAAUACCUAAAUGCUUAAAUUGAUAUGAUAGAUAAGGGGAAACUAGACUUUCCUUUAUAGGUGGGCUUUGUUGAUCGAUUCUCAGUCAGUAGCAAACUAAACUAAGCACAUUUGAGGAGGCAGUUAAAGAAUACGUAAUGUCCAUACAUGCUCCUUAAUUUGAGUAUGUUAAUGAAGUGCAACUGUUACAUUUAGAAGGGUGAGCUUCUAUCAUACACCUUUAAACAGGUUUCUUCCUCCCUGUUUGUUUAAAUUGUUUAGUCGUACUGGUCCAGUAUAGAUUUCGGUGUGAUAAGCUUUUGGUAUUUCUAAAGAAGUUGCAAUGAAUUGCUGUGACACGCAUGCAUACAUACAUAUGUAUGUAUGUAACACAGAUCUAUACUGUCCGAUAGCAUCCUCCAUUACCUCUCGCUCACGAUGGGGAAGUGAGUAAUGCUUCCCCUUCCAGUAACUGUUUUGCAACAGUAACCACUAUUUUGUAAUCCAAAUGUCCCACUAUCGUGCGAUAGUUACAUGAAUACAUGUUGCAGGGGAUACUACUCUAUUUGAGUGCUAACAUAAUUUCCUCUCGGAUCCCAGUGUUACUGAGUGGUACUAACCUUGAACAAGGCAGGAGGUGAUGAAGUGGAAUGGCUGGGGCUACAGUGACUCCAGGUUCCACUUCAACAAGAAAGGCCAAGCAGAGUUCACCGGCAAAAGGUAUAAGCUAAGCGGGAUGAUUAUGCCAAGUUUGAAAGAGUGGUUCGAAGGAACGUUUGGAGCCAACGUCCAGCAUAAAAGCUUUGCAUCAGCGGUCCCGAGCCCCGGGGCGGUGAAGCCCCCCGCCCUGAACCAGGCCUUCGUGGAGGGGGUCCAGUCCACGGGGGUCCCCUUCUCCUCGGACGCAGAGGACCGGGUCUUCCGGGGCCACGGGCACUGCCUGCACGAGAUCUUCGCCCUCCGAGAGGGCAGGGUGGGACGGGUGCCGGACAUGGUGGUGUGGCCGAACUGCCACGACGACGUGGUGAAGAUCGUAGAGCUGGCGUGCAAGCACAAUGUUUGUUUGAUACCAUAUGGUGGUGAGUAGUUGUCUAUUGCGUUUGCUGUUGCUUGUCUAUUUAAUCGUUAAGAAUGUGGAAUUGACACAUGCUGUUAGGUUCGUGUGUGUGUGUGUCUCUUUAAAUUUCACUGGCUCAUAAUGUCGAGUACGCAGUUAAUUCCUUUACUUAUAAGAUCAUAAAUAUCCCUCUGGAUAAGUGAGUUUGCUACCUGCUAUGCAGAACAGGGCGUGGCUCCCUACCCACGAAAUGAAGCCCUCAGGGCGAAUGUGGUGAAGGAAUAAAAGCAACAAAGAGAGGAACAGGUUCAUAAAGCAGACACAAUGGAGGGAAUGGCUGCCAGGGAAUAUCAGGCACAUCAACCGCAAUGCCGUGAGAUGGAUGGCUUCCCAUUCCUCCGACACUGCCCCUCUCACCUGCCCUCUACAACGCUCCUCUGAAUCCGGCCUCUACAUCCCAAUAAUAUACG